AUGAAGUACCUACCACUACGCGAUUUCGAAGACGUGACAAGUGCGCUCAACUUCGACACGCCCGACUGCCACGUCAUCGGCGGCUGCGACCUGUACACGACAAAAGCUGCUGGCGGCGACAAGAAGCUCUACAAGAACAUUGAGCAUUCGCUGGAAUCGCAGCAUGAGUCGGUGCUGCGUUUGUCAGCCUCGCUUUCCCCGCCCCAGGCGGAAUCGCUCGCCGAGUCCCUGAACCUCUCCCGAUCAAGUCCAUUCGGCCCUCUCAGCCAGAUCUCAAGUCGCCGCACCUUCGCCUACCUCAUUGCGACGCUCAAUGCCAGUCACCCCGACUACGACUUCUCGCACAUCCUCCGGCCGACCGAUUUCCGGAAAGAGCGCAGCCUGCGCGCCGUCAUGAACACGAUAGACACGACGCUUUUCAACCUGCGGCCACGGCCGUCGAACGCGAUGCUCUCUGUGCCACCAUCGAGCUGGUCAGCGGGCAGCGGCGGAUCCGGAUCGUCCGGCACGCGCACUCCCGGCGGACACCACAUAUGGAGCCCCCGCAUGUGGCGGAUGAUUGACAACGAAAUGAAUCUGCGAGACUGCGCCAUCUACUGCUACCAACCGGAAGAGGAUCCGUUUGACGGCGAGGAAGGAUCCAUUUGGAGCAUGAACUACUUCUUCUUCAACAAGAACCGCAAGCGCGUCUGCUACUUGUACCUGCGCGGUCUCAGCAUCAUGUCGCACAGCCCCGCAGUGCGGGCUGCGGCUGCUGCAAGCCACAUGUCAACAGGCGGUAAGGGCCACAGCACGCUGUCCAUGGGCUUAGAGUCUGCGGACAAGCGGGCCAUGUACUGGCUCGGAGACCGUGCGGAAGGCCGUAGCGUAUCUAGCGGCUGGCCAGACGAUGACGAUGAUGUCAUGAUCAUUCCGUAUCCGGGCGACGACGAGGUCGACGCCGAUGAGGAGCUCAUGGAUUAUAUCGAAGAGGACGAGGACGAGGAGUUCGACGACGAGAUCGAACGGCAACGCGAGAAGAGCGCUGUGCGCGACAUGAGCGAGCACAUUGCCGACACCAUGGAGGUCUAA